CUCCCACAAUGCACCUGGGCUACAGAAGGCGCCUUCCAUGCUGCUGCUGUGGGGCUUCAUGUAGCUAACAGGACAAGUUCAUCAUCCAGCUUUAUUGUGUUUAUUAAUCAUCACACAGCAGGUUGGAGUGUGUGUGUGUGUGUGUGUGUGUGAGUGUGUGUUUGUGUGUGUGUUUCAACUUAGUGCAUCAUGGCUCCAUUCGGCUUGAUGACAGUUGGCGCUAAUCUUUUAAGCAGAACUUUGGGGUUGUUUUCGACUGCAGUUAGUGUGAGGUGCUCUUGUGUCACUUCAGCAUUAAAACACUUCAGCACUACAGCUGGUGGUCCUCCAAAAAGACCCCUGACUGCAUACAUGCGAUAUGUGAAGGAACAGCAGCCCAUCGUUGGCAGACAGAAUCCAGACAUCAAAGCUGUGGACAUUGUCCGAAAGAUCGCCCUGCAGUGGAGGACUCUUACAGUGGAGGAAAAACAGCCUUUCGAAGACGCGUCCAUCGCAGCGAGGGAGCAGUACAAAGUUGACGUGAAGGUGUACAAGGAUCAGCUCACGCCUGCGCAGUCUGCAGCUAUCGCAGAGGAGAAACGACAGAAGAAGGCAAAAAGACGAGCAAUCAGGAAGAAGAGGGAACUCAACAGUCUCGGCAAACCCAAACGCCCCAGAACGGCCUUCAACAUCUUCAUGGCGGAGCACUUUGAAGAAGCAAAAGGAAGCACGAUGCCGGGCAAAAUGAAGUCUCUGUUUGACGACUGGAAAAGUUUGUCCUUAUCACAGAAACAAAUCUACACACAGCUAGCAGAGGAUGAUAAAGUACGUUAUAAAAACGAGAUGAAGACUUGGGAGGAGCACAUGACUGAACUCGGGAGGGAGGAUCUGGUCCGACGGAAGGAGUCGCGACGCAAGAAAGCGGCGACAAAAAGAGGCAAAAAGAAACCGAGAGUUAAAGUGUUGAAGGCCAAAACGUCUGUGAAGAAAACAUCAGAGGGGAAAAAGACUGUUUCUGCUGAGACAAAAACAAGUAGCACUAAGAAGUGAGCGUUUUGUCUCGGGUGUAAUCCGUCCUUAAUAAACCGCUUUAGGACGUCGUCUCCGAUCGGUGCUGCUUGUUUAUAGUGGAAACGUCGAGUGAGAUUUUAUACUGUGACACAAAAAAAAGGCCAGUUACGUGGCGGCGUCUUCGUUUAAACACGCAUCAGGUUUCUACGACUACUGCGUUCGCUUUCCUUUAUUACGAAGUUACUCAUUAUUUGCUUUGUAGAACACAUCCAGUCCUGGGUCAUGUGUAAAUAAAUAAAUCCCAGUAUUCAUUUUCUGUAUCACAUCUUUACUUAAUAAAUAUCAAAACGAGCACCACGAAUGUUCUAUACAGUCAAUUACAGUGUUACAUUAAAACAGGAAGUGAUUAAAGUCCUGACAUUUAAACCCAAAUAAACAUUAUGACUUUUUAAGCCUUGA